AUGUCUAAUGUUGAUUUAACCGGUGACGGUUUUAUCGGGCUUGAUUAUGACUCGAGGAACUACAUUCACGCUCAGUCGUGGCCAGUGGCGGUGGACCAGCGGACAGACGCUUCUCGAGAUAUCUCACCCUUACAAACCAGCGGUCACUCCUUCGACCAGACGGUAGCCCAGGACCCAAAUCUCAUCGUUGACUGGCAAUUCCAACAUCUACAACCCCACCUUCAAUAUCCUCAAGAUGAGGCCGCUGCCGCUCCCCAGUUCACUACCGCAAGCUAUGGCAUGACUAUCCACUCCUCCCCCAUCGAUAUGAUGUCGGGGCCUCACAUGACUGGCAACCUGCUAGACGGUUCUUAUCUACCUCUCGCUGCGCCCGUCGACAUGGUCUCAUAUCCAUACCAAGAUCUCCAGGCAGAUCUUCUUGGAUUCCAACCUCACGGCCUUCCCGACAUGUCCUCAUAUGCAGCAGCUCAGAAUAUGGUUGGAAGCAGUUCACCGACGGACACGUACCUCGAGGUUCGAUCGCUCACUAGUUCUAGCAGUGACAACGGUUGGAGUAUGGUCGAACCACGUCAUUCGCAUGAGUUUUCUUUCCCAGACCAGGUCUUUAUCAACCCAACACAGACCCUCCAUGACAGAAGUCUCUCUGAGUCCUCGUACUCGACUUCUUACGGCAGCUUUGUCGAGGUUUCGAACCCGGUCAACUCGCCCUGCUCGGAAACCAACUUUGAGUCAACUUUCAACAGUCCUGUUAACCGACGAAUUUCGUAUGACCACACUUCUCAUGGUUCGCAAUCGCCCACCGCGAUCAGUCCCGCUGCCAUUGUUCGACCCAUCCAAGUGCCUUCAAAGAAGGACACCUCUCCCGCACGCUCCUCAGCCGCCUCAUCUUCUCCGCCGAGCAGAAAGCAGUCUCGCAAAAGUCCGAUGGCCGCAAAGACUGCAGAAACCAAGGUUCGCAAGCAGUCGCACGGUAAGUCUGAACCCGGCGAGAAGAAGGUGGGCAAACGGAAGGGUCCUCUUAGACCCGAUCAGCGAAAGCAGGCCAGUGAGAUCCGGAAGCUGCGGGCUUGUCUGCGUUGCAAGUUCCUCAAGAAGACUUGCGACAAGGGUGAGCCAUGCGCUGGAUGCCAGCCCUCACAUGCAAGGUUAUGGCAGGUUCCCUGCACUCGUAUUGACAUCAAGGAGAUUGGUUACUUUAUGAAGGACUGGAAAGCGGACUAUGAGCGACACAUCACCCUUGGAUUCUCCGUUGGCAAUAUCAAGGGUUUCUCGGACCAGGAGAGGACUCUCUUCAUCACUCACGGCUAUGGACAAGUUCUUCCAAUCAAUGCGCGUGAAGUAUACGUGCAUAACGAACAGUGCUUCAGUAUCGAUUGGGUGGAGGGAAUGAAUCGUGAGCCUAGCCAGUACGAAGUCGAGACUGCCAAAUUGUCCGCCGGCAUGGAAGGUGUCUCGCACGCCAUGUUGUCCGACUAUCUGGAUCGUCAUAUCGACGGCAACGGUACUUUUGAAAAAUUCGUCGACGAUUACUUCGAGGGCACCCCAUUCCUGACGCAGAUGCUCAAAACGGCGUUCCGGUAUUACUUCCGCACAAAGAUGCCCGUGAUCCGCAAGGCGUUGAAGCUUAUUCUUGCCUACAACCUGACGCUGCAUGUCACAAUGGUGGAAGGUCUGGGUGAAGAAGAAGGCUUCUUGGGCAAGAUUGAUGAUCCCAGCUCGAAGUUCAAGGGCAAGACAGUAGCCCCCGUCAUGAUCAAUUUCCAAAUCAAAUGCGCUUUAGCCAACAUGUGGCGUGAGCUCCAAAAAGAUGUUCUGGAGGAACUCUCCAGUCUCUAUUCCAGUGUGUACAGUGGCGAGAAAUUAAAGAACUGGCCUACUAUUUUCAUGUUGGCGUCAAUUCUUCUGGGCGUAUGGGAGGAAAUGCAGUUUGACUGCCACUACCGCACUCCAGACGCUGCUGCUGUGGAGAAAUUCUGCACCGAUAUGGAGACUACUCCAGUUGGAGUCAUUGUCGGUCUGUUCCAGGCAAUCUCUCAGAAGCUGCCUUCAUUCUCCGAAUGGGAAACAUCCAAGCAUCAUCAUCUGCUGCACUCGAAUCCCGAUGUUUGCGCCACUAUGACUGAAGUCCGCCAGCACGUUGAGAAAUUCGAGAGCUACCUUCGUGGCCGCUCAGCCUCGAAAUUCAACAGGAACGACUUUGACUGCCUCUCCAACAAAUUCGUCUCCAGACUUGUCAUUCGUGCGAACUAG